AAAAGAGGGCCUCCCUCCACGCCGUUGACGCCCUCAUUGCAACAGCCCCACAGAGUCAGGAGGAAGUUGGCGGCCGCUGUGCAGAAGAAAACGUUGAUUUCACUGGGCGACUCUUCCGAUAUGUUGGACUCCAAGUACCAGAUGUGGUUGUUGCGCCAGGAGUUGGAUCGAAGCAAGGAGUUGGUCCGGUUCUUGGAGUUGGAGCGUAAGUUCACCAAUGAG